AUGUCUCAGGGAUUCGAGAAGCAACGGGCUCUUGGCUUCGCCGAAUUCCGAAGGUUUGAAUUUACCGAGGACGUUGUCAAGUUCCUCCAGGUUUCUAGUGAACCUCUUAUCGAAAUGCUCGGAGGUUGUGAGACCAUCAACGAAAUCCUCUUGCAGUUGCAAAUUUUGGAAGAAAUUUUCGAAACCGGCAUUCAAAAUCUUUGUUGCCUGGCUCAGCGGCGAAUAUUGCGGAGGAUCGAUGAGCGAAAUGUGAGACUUAAUUUCCUUGAUACCAUUAACUUUGGUAAGGAAAGUGUCAUGGAACGUCGUCAUAAACUUCUUGUGGCCUUGAUCCAAGUCAUCACUAAUUUCUUUAGGCAACUCUCUGAGCUCCUCCGUCACCUUCUCCGCGAACUGCUGGAGCGCGAACUUGAGGGCCUCGACGUACUGCCUGCGCGCGUGGGUGGUGAGUUGGUUGCACGCAUCCUCCGCCGCUUUUUUGGUGUGACGUUUGAGUUCAUUGAUGUAAUGAGUUUCGGCCUUUUCGACGUAUUUUAUAAACUCAUCGGCGUUUUUAAUGGGAUCACACUCCAGACGUUUUUGGAGUUUGUCAAGGUUAUGGUGGAUUUUUUGGAGAGUAUUCUCUUUUAUUCUCUUGAUAUUUGGAGCGUUGCCGAUUUUGUCAUCUAUCACCUCUGUCAGUUUCUUUUCGACACCCUUGGCGGCCUCUGUUAUCCCGUCACAGAGAGCCUUGAGAUGCUUCGUGACAUUGUCCGAUACGGCAGUGAGGCCCUGUGUUAUGUGGCCGACGAAAAUGCUUGCCGCUUCACCUUUAAUUGCCUCGACGGCCGGCGUGAGCGUGCUGGUUUUGUGGCUGGCGUAGUCCGUCAAGGUCCCUUCGACGUCGAUGUCUUUUCCAGUUGGCGGAUUCUUCUUGAACACUCCGGGGAGAGUGGUGGAUUGGAGGGCUGUGAGUUUAGUGUGAAUUUCGUCCUUAAAUUUUUUUACUAA